AUGUGGGGACGAUCCGUGAAGAUGGAAGCGAAGCUCUCUGAGGAAGAAGGUGCUCCAUCAGAGGAAAGGCAGAGGGCGCAGGCCCAGGAGGAUGCCCGAGAUGCCCUGUCAAGCGGCAGUGAAGAGAUGUUGUCAAGCUGUUGUCUUUUCAGAGGAGUGGAAAUGGGUGCUCCACCUCCGGUCCAGGCUCCCUUUUCCUUUGAGGAGGUGGCCGUGUAUUUCACCGAGGCCGAGUGGGCCUUGCUGGCUCCGGGCCAAAGAGCUCUCUACAGGGAUGUCAUGCUGGAGAAUUAUGGAAACGUGGCCUCUCUGGGUUCUCUAUGGGAAGAAAAGGUAAUAAACAUUUUCCAAAGCGCACUCCUUGUUCACCAAAGAAUCCACACAGGGGAGAAGCCAUUUGAAUGCUCAGAGUGUGGGAAGAGAUUCAGUCACAGUGGCCAUCUUCAAAGGCAUCUGAGAACCCACACAGGGGAGAAGCCUUUUAAAUGCUCAGAGUGUGGGAAGGAAUUCAGUUGCAGUGGCCAUCUUCGUAUUCAUCUAAGAACCCACACAAGAGAGAAGCCUUUUGAGUGCUCAGACUGUGGGAAGAGAUUCAGUCAGAGUAGCCAUCUUCAGAAUCAUUCAAGAACGCACACAGGGGAGAAACCUUUUGAAUGCUCAGAGUGUGGGAAGAGAUUCAGUCGCAGUGACCAUCUUCAGGAACAUCUAAGAACCCACAGAGGGGAAAAGCCUUUCGAAUGCUCAGAGUGUGGGAAGAGAUUCAGUCGCAAUAGCACUCUUCAAGAACAUCUAAGAACCCACAGAGGGGAGAAGACUUUUGAAUGCUCAGAGUGUGGGAAGACAUUCAGUCGCAAUGGCCAUCUACAAGAGCAUCUAAGAACACAUACAGGGGAGAAGCCUUUGGAAUGCUCAGAGUGUGAGAAGAGAUUCAGUCACAGUAGCACUCUUCAACAACAUAUAAGAACCCACACAGGGGAGAAGCCUUUUGAAUGCUCAGAGUGUGGGAAGACAUUCAGUCGCAAUGGCCAUCUACAAGAGCAUCUAAGAACACAUACAGGGGAGAAGCCUUUGGAAUGCUCAGAGUGUGAGAAGAGAUUCAGUCACAGUAGCACUCUUCAACAACAUAUAAGAACCCACACAGGGGAGAAGCCUUUUGAAUGCUCAGAGUGUGGGAAGAGAUUCUGUCAAAGUGGCACUCUUCAGAAUCAUCUAAGAACCCACACAGGGGAGAAGCCUUUUGAAUGCUCAGAGUGUGGGAAGAAAUUCAGUAGCAGUUGCACUCUUCAAGAACAUCUAAGAACUCACACUGGAGAGAAGCCUUUUGAAUGCUCAGAUUGUGGGAAGAGAUUCAGUCGAAAUAGCACUCUUCAAGAACAUCUAAGAACCCACACAGGGGAGAAGCCUUUUGAAUGCUCAGAGUGUGGGAAGAUGUUCCGUUGCAGUGGCCAUCUUCAUACACAUCUAAGAACUCACACACGGGAGAAGCCUUUGGAAUGCUCAGAGUGUGAAAAGAGAUUCAGUCACAGUAGCACUCUUCAACAACAUCUAAGAACCCACACAGGGGAGAAGCCUUUUGAAUGCUCAGAGUGUGGGAAGAUGUUCCGUUGCAGUGGCCAUCUUCAUACACAUCUAAGAACUCACACACGGGAGAAGCCUUUGGAAUGCUCAGAGUGUGAGAAGAGAUUCAGUCACAGUAGCACUCUUCAACAACAUAUAAGAACCCACACAGGGGAGAAGCCUUUUGAAUGCUCAGAAUGUGGAAAGAGAUUCAGUCAGAGUGGCUUUCUUGAAGAACAUCAAAGAACCCACACUAUGUAA